AUCAGACCAUCACCGUCAGCAUCACCACUACCAUCACCACCACCACCACCGUCUGCAACACGAUGACAGCAUCCUCGUCCCGCAACAUGCUGCGUAGCGUUGGCGCAUCGAUUGCAACCUCUGGCGCUCCCAUGGCUCCUCGGAGCCUGACCGCAUCUGCAAGGUGCCUUCUUCAGCAGCGAUUCGCAAGCUCAUCUGCUCCUCGUCAGCAAGAGGACUCCACGUCUCCAGCCACCACAUCAUCAUCAUCCUCCAUCCCAUCCACUUCUUCCCUGCGCCCACCACCUCCGGCCAAUGCACCCCUCCUUCCAGAAACGCAGUACCACCCUCCCACCCACGGCCACCACGUCUGCACUCUUCACCUCUCCGCCUACUCCGAAGGGGAAACAUUGCAGAACCUUCAAUUCUUUACCGACUUCGCCUUGCGAACCGCCUACGCCCUAGGGAUUCCCGCUACGCGCCCCGCUUCUCCACCACGCCAGACGUCCCUUUGGACCGUCCCGCGUGGGCCCUUCGUGCACAAGAAGUCGCAGGAGAACUUUAUGCGGAGGGUGAGCUCGAGGGUCAUCAAGGUGUAUGAUGCCAAUGAGGAGGUAGUGCAGAAGUGGUUGUACUUUUUAAGGGUGCAUGAGAUGGCAGGGGUGGGGAUGAAGGCGGAGGUGCUCAAGAGGAGGCCAGUGGGAAUUGGGAGAACCAUCUUUGAGGGAGCUCAGGAGGCACUCAGAGAGGGAGACAAUAAGGUCACUACCGACGGUGAAGAGACAGGUGCUGAAGCUGCGACGACUACGCGAGCGCAACCCACAAGCGAGGCAGCGGUAGCAGAGGACGUCAAGAAUAUGGCAGAGGGUAUCGUCAGAGAGGGCAAGGAGGAUCAAAGCCCAGCGUCGACUAGCGAGGAGUCGCAAGCAACAGGGGAAGCAAAGAGCUGAAUUGCAAUCGCUUCGACUAAACAGAGGUCCCUGCAUCAAUACAGCAUUUUUCGCAGUCACACUUGCUGCCGCUGUUUUCCGGAGUCGCCAUCGUAUCUAGCACUGCUUCUGUGAAUCGGCUUCGUAGGCGGCCUUGACUCGGAAAUAGAACUGAAUGCCGGAAGCCGACGGUCGACGGUCAGACAAUGAUCGCGUCUGGCAAAGUCCUGGCUCCUCACCACACGCUCACCUCGUCCUCUACAAAGACGCCGCUGGUACCGUUCAUUGGACGCUUCUUGUGGCACUUGGCAGCGUGCUUGCGCCAAUAGAUUUCCGGAAUCUUGAAUGAGAACGAUGCAGAAGAGCGUAAAGUCUUUCAGGUCGGCUUCAGUUGCAGAAUACCAGCAGCCUCUGCUCACCUUGACUUCCACAUCCUUGACACUCUCGAG